UGACGUCAAUGCGGAGGGGAGAACGGGAUGACGUUGCUUAUUUAAAUGUCUCCCGAGCAGAGGGAUGGAGAGAAGGUCUGAACGGGCUGAGGCAGGACAGGCCCGUACCUCCGCCGCUGAGCUGCGAGACAUGCUCGGUGCCGCCAGCUGAAGGAUGGCCGCUUGCUGUGUCCUGCUGAUGGCCGGGAACGAGCUGCUGCCUCCGCUGUCAGAGAUGGCCUCAUCCUGCCGCUGUCCGAGGUGCUGAAGGCGCCGCCUGCGUCCCCGGCGAGAGCUGCUCUGGAUGCGUUGGAUCCAUCCUGCAGAGAGGUCCCGAGAGGGAGCAGAGGCUUCGUUCUAGACCUGGGAGAAGACUUGGGAGGUCUGCAGUUAUUGGUCACACUGGUGCAUACUGUAUAUAUGUCUGUGUGUGUGGGAAGAGGAGCGUGGGAAGCGGAUCGUUCUCGAGAAGGACAUGAUUGGAAUAACCAUUGGGCUGGCUUCCUAGUUUUGCCUCAAACUACAAGACGCUGGCAGGAGCAGGCACAUGAAUGCACACUCAUUUUGGUGGAUAUACUUUUUUGAUAUACAAGCAUUAUUUUUUACUACGUUAUGUUCUAAGAAUAAACUUCUUGGUCCCAUCAUCUUUUUUUCCUCCUUGUUUUGGAUUUAUCCUUGGAUUUAAAAGCCAGACAUUUCAUUUAUCAAUGUUACCUGUGUCGGUUGAGCGACACAAGGUUGAAGAGGCAGAGAGCAUCUAAAACCUGUUUCUGAUUAAUGAUACAUGGAGCAGUGCUAAUGUUGCAAGAAGCAUCUUGAAGUAUUGUUUAGUCACUCCAGUGCAAAAUCAUAUCUGGGCAAAAUGGGGGAGCAACCCAUCUUCAGCACCAAAGCCCAUGUCUUCCAGAUUGAUCCAAACACAAAGAAGAACUGGGUCCCUACCAGCAAACAUGCAGUUACUGUGUCCUAUUUUUAUGAUAGCACAAGGAAUGUCUACAGGAUAAUUAGUCUGGAUGGGUCGAAGGCAAUAAUAAAUAGCACCAUCAGUCCCAACAUGACAUUCACUAAAACAUCCCAGAAGUUUGGCCAGUGGGCAGACAGCAGGGCAAAUACAGUGUAUGGCCUGGGCUUCUCCUCUGAGCAUCAUCUCACAAAAUUUGCAGAAAAAUUUCAGGAAUUUAAAGAAGCUGCUCGAUUAGCAAAGGAGAAAUCCCAAGAAAAAAUGGAACUGACUAGUACGCCUUCACAGGAGUCUGCUGGAGGGGAUAUCCAGUCUCCUUUAACACCAGAAAGCAUCAAUGGGACAGAUGACGAAAGAACACCCCCCGAAGUGACGCAAAAUUUUGAACCAAGGGCUGAACCUACGCAGAAUGCAUUGCCAUUUACACAUAGCAGUUCUGCGAUCAACAAGCACUGGGAAGCAGAACUGGCCACACUUAAAGGAAACAAUGCCAAGCUCACAGCAGCCUUGCUGGAGUCUACUGCCAAUGUCAAACAAUGGAAACAACAGCUUGCUGCAUAUCAGGAAGAAGCAGAGCGUCUCCACAAGCGGGUGAGCGAAUUAGAAUGUCUUAGCAGUCAAGCGAAUGCAGUGCAGACGCACAAAACAGAACUUAAUCAGACAAUACAAGAAUUAGAAUCUACACUGAAAAAGAAAGAAGAGGAAAUAGAAAGAUUGAAGGAAGAAAUUGAGCACGCAAAAGAGUUACAAGAGCAGAGAGAUUCUUUGAGCCAAAAAUUACAGGAGGUGGAGACACAUAACAAAGACCUGGAAGGACAGCUGACUGACUUAGAGCAACGUCUGGAGAAAAGUCAGGGUGAACAGGAGGCAUUUCGCAAUAACUUGAAAACUCUUUUAGAAAUCCUAGAUGGAAAAAUCUUUGAACUCACUGAAUUGCGAGACAACCUGGCCAAGUUGAUAGAGUGCAGUUAAAAAGGCGAAAAGGGCUGCCACCACCAACCUUCUUCAAGAUACACCGUCUCCAUUCAUGACACGGUGGUGGGCUCUGCAUCAGAGCUGCACAAUACCUGUAUGGGAAAAUUCCUUUUCCGAGAGUUUAAUUGCAAAUUUCGUAGUUGGCUGAAGUGUGAAAUUGAGACUUGCUUUAUUAGCUAACAGAAAGGAAAUUAAAAAAAA